ACAUUGCCCUUUCACUUCAUCACCCACACUUUGCUCUCUUUUAGUAUUUUCUCUCCAUUCAUAUUAAUCACCAAAACUCAUCAACACCACGUACGAGGUAAAGAUGAAGAUGAGCAGUUCUGCUACCAUGGGGGCCUCAAAGAGAAGGCUAUCAAGCAGAGGCCUUGGAGGGGUUCUCCGAGAGCAAAGGGCUAAGCUUUAUAUUAUACGAAGAUGCGUUGUUAUGCUCCUUUGCUGGCAUGAUUGAAACUCCUACUCUUAGCCAUGCUAAUGAUCAUGGAGGAUCUUGGGGGCUCCUCUUCUUUUUUCUUCAUUUGGUGGAGUGUAAAUACUGGCAGCGGUCGGCGGAUGUUAUCGGAGAGUUAAGAACAAAUUUUGUAUGCAUUGGUCUUAUGGCCUAGAUGUAAAUUAGAUAGCUUGAAUUAAAGCUUUGAUAUUAGUUAAUUGCUUAACAAAUUAUAUGGGCGUUUAUUCUUUUA